AGCAAAAAGAGUGAAAAAGAGAAAAUCUUUGGACCAAACGAAAAGAAACGUUUCCUUUUUAAUUUGUCUCUUUGCUUUAAUAAUUUUCCUUCUCACCGAAACACACCACCACACCCCAUUCUUCUUCCUCUUCACAUAAUCAUCAUCUGUGUUUUCUUCAAAUUCUCUCAAAAUUUACUUUCUUCUUUUUCUGUUCCUAGAUUUCAGAGUUCACUCUCGAUCUCUUUUUAAUUAAACUCUCUUAAUUCUUCUGGAACAAUCCAGAUUUUUUUUUUUUGGUUAGCUGGUAGGGGGAAGCAUUAAUCAUGUAUUUAUGAUACACUGCUGUAUUAUUAUUAUUAUUACGUGAGUUGAAUGUUUCCUUUUUGUUGACUCAUUUUAAAAAAACCAAGGAAGGAAGGAAGAAGAAAGGCUCUGUUUUUAUUUAUUUUGAGGGGUGAAUUUGUCGAAAAUGCCAAUGUUUCAGCCUUCGAAGAAUGGUGGGUUUGACGGGCAUAUCUUAGAUCUACACACGGCGGUUAAAGACGGUGUUCUCGGUGGUUGCGGCGGCGGAGAUGGGAAAAUUAUGGUGGUUGUUACCGACGAGAAGAAACAAUUGGAUUUGAAGAAAAUGAUUACCGAGCUCGAAUUACCUGAAAUACCCUCUGUUUUCAUCUGUCCCAUCUCUCUUGAACCGAUGCAAGAUCCAGUCACCUUGUGUACUGGUCAAACCUACGAGAGGUCAAACAUUCUCAAAUGGUUCAAAUUAGGUCACUGUACUUGCCCCACGACGAUGCAAGAGCUUUGGGAUGAUUUGGUCACUCCUAACAAGACGCUUCACCAGUUGAUCUACACUUGGUUUUCUCAAAAGUAUGUCUUGAUGAAGAAACGGUCCGAAGACGUGCAAGGACGAGCCAUUGAGAUUUUGGACACUUUGAGAAAGGCUAAAGGGAAAGCAAAGGUUCAUGCUUUAAGCGAGCUUAAGCAAGUUGUGAUGGCUCACGGUAUUGCUAAAAAGACUGUUGUUGAUGAAGGUGGAGUCUUUGUUAUCUCUUCUCUUUUAAGUCCUUUUACUUCUCACGCUGUUGGAUCUGAGGCUAUUGCGAUUCUCGUUAAUCUUGAGCUUGAUUCUGAUUCCAAAGCUGGUUUAAUGCAACCAGCUAGGGUUUCUUUGAUGGUUGAUAUGUUGAGUGAUGGUUCUAUUGAAACUAAAAUCAACUGUGCUAGAUUGAUUGGGAGGUUGGUUGAGGAGAAAAGUUUUAGAGCAGAGCUUGUCUCUAGUCACAGUUUGCUUGUUGGACUAAUGAGAUUGGUUAAAGACAGGAGACGAAGGAACGGUGUUUCCCCUGCGUUGACGUUGCUCAAAUCGGUUUCGGUUCAUAAACAAGUUAGGAACUUGAUGGUUAAGGUUGGAGCAGUUCCUCAACUGGUUGAUGUUUUGCCAUGUUUAGAUCCUGAGAGUUUGGAAUCAGCUCUGUUCGUGUUGGAAUCGUUGUGUUUGGAAAGCGAAGGGAGGAUUGCUUUGAAAGAUUCGGUUAACACGAUUCCGAAUACAGUUAGGUUACUGAUGAGAGUGUCUGAGAAGUGCACAAACUAUGCGAUUUCGAUCCUUUGGUCAGUUUGCAAGUUAGCUUCUGAAGAAUGUUCGUCUCUUGCUGUUGAAGUUGGUUUGGCUGCAAAGCUUCUGCUUGUGAUCCAAAGUGGAUGUGAUCCAGCUUUGAAGCAACGUUCCGCUGAGCUGUUGAAGCUAUGUAGUCUACACUUUUCAGACACAAUGUUUAUCUCCAAAUGUAAACUCACAAGAACAAUCCAAUAAAAAGAUUACACCUCUCGAGUCAAUGAUCUUCCCCAUGUUGUUGAUGUAUAUAGAUGAAGAUUUCAAGUUAUUUGAUCUGGUGGUACAUUCGCAGGAGAAGCUUUAGGAGGUUGAAACGAGUUUGGUUCGUAAAUGGAAUAAUCGUUAAGAUGAAGCAAAAUGUAUAGAUCUUUUUUGUUGUGUUUGGUUCAUUAUUUAGUAGAAAAAUAGAUUGAAGAAAGGAAUCAUUUUUUUGGCCUCUUGUUGUAACUUAUUUAGCUUAUUUUGAGUUUGAAUAAAGUAUUAAGUCUCUGAAUC